CUACCAGUGAUUCCAUACUUAGUCAAAGCAGCAGUCUGUUUCCGACUUAUAUAUUUCUUCCUUCCCUCAAUUUUGUCACCAACUACCUCUUCCUCCUCUCCAACCAUUUACAACAAACCCUAAAACCCUCAAAACUCAGAAACUUGAUACUCCUCUGUUCUUAUUCGCCAACCAUGAAUUCCUCCACAUUAGCCACUUCUUUUCUCUAUCUCAAAACACCUUCCACCAACUCUCCUGCACUUCUCCGUUUGCCUUCCCUCAGAUCCCAUAAUAUUAGUACUGGUAACUUCAGUUUCCCUUCCAUUAAAGCAGUUAGAGCAUCCUCCAAUCACUCCUCAAAUCUUAUCCAGAAACGCCCCAUCCUCCAAAAUCUGAAGUCCCUCACCAGAACCGCAAUUCUAAUUGCUGUUGCUGCGUCAAUGGCCACAAGAUUCUCAGUUUUGCAAGCGAGAGCUGAAACUUCAGCUACUCUAACUGAACAAAUGCCUACUCUCGACCAAAAAGAAGAACAGGACAUAGAGGAAAACCAAAACCAGAACCAAACUGAUAAAUCAACCCCAGCAUCUGAAUUCGUUGAAUCCAAUGUUGAAUCUCUAAAAUCACUUUUACAAGAAAAGCUUGAGAAUGGUGAAGAUGAGGCGGCUCUCAAGAUUCUAAAGAGUCUGAUCUCGGUUCAGCCGUCUGCGACAGAGUGGAAAUUCUUGAUGGCAAGAUUAUUAAACGAAAUGGGUCAAACUCAAGAUGCACGUAAAGUGUUUGAAGAAAUUCUUCGUGAGAAUCCAUUGUCGUUUGAGGCAUUGUUUGAAAAUGCUUUAUUGAUGGACCGUUGUGGAGAAGGGGAAGCUGUUCUUAGUAGGCUACAAGGGGCGUUAGACAUCGCAGAAGAGGAGAACAAAGUAAAAGAAGCCAGAGAUGUGAAAUUGAUUAUGGCACAAAUACAGUUUUUGCAAAAGAACGUAGAGGAGGCUUUGAAGAGUUAUCAAGAACUGUCCAAAGAGGAUCCUAAAGAUUUUAGGCCAUAUUUUUGUCGGGGAAUGAUCUACAGCUUGCUUGAUAGGAAUGAAGAGGCAAGAGAACAGUUUGCCAAGUAUCGCGAGCUUUCGCCCAAGAAAUUUGAAGUGGAAGGGUAUUUGAGGACCCCGUUGUCAAGAAUGAAGAUAUUUGGUUCAAAUGAGGAGAAUUGAAUUUCUUUGACUUCGUAGUUCUGAGUUAAUAAUGGUUGGAGACGGCAGUUCUUCAAACAACAAAGGGGAUACUAACCCUGUGGUUCUUUAGUUAGCAAGUUCAGUAAGUUUAUUGUUCUACAGGAAUUUAUGUUAAAAAUUCUAGUAAUCAUGCUUAGAAGGAAUAAAGAAAGAGAACUGAGUUUUUGCUGUUGGCUGCGAAAAUGUGAUUCUAAUGCUAAUGUAGAAAAGGUAUUUGCUGCACCUGCAAUAUGUAAUUCUCUGCUUUGCUAUUGAUUCCUUUUUUUCUUGUUGGAAUUUUUGAGGGAGAAAAUGAAGAAUUGAUUACUUUUUUUUUU